AUGGAGCGGCGGAGGAAGGCAAUGUGGCUGUACCCCAAGGUUGUCGGCUUCAACCCGCCGGAGAGGUGGGGCCACUCCGCCUGCUUCUUCGAUGGGGUUGUUUACGUCUUCGGGGGAUGCUGCGGCGGCCUGCACUUCAGCGACGUGCUCACGCUCAACGUGGAGACCAUGGCGUGGAGCUCCCUGGCCACGACGGGGCAGCGCCCGGGCACGCGGGACAGCCACGGCGCCGCGCUGGUGGGCCACCGGAUGCUCGUCUUCGGGGGCACCAACGGCGGCAAGAAGGUGAACGACCUGCACGUGCUGGACCUGCGCACCAGGGAGUGGACCCGCCCGCAGUGCAAGGGCGCGCCGCCGUCGCCGCGGGAGAGCCACACCGUCACCGUCGUCGGGGGCGACCGCCUCGUCGUCUUCGGCGGGAGCGGGGAGGGGGAGGGCAACUACCUCAGCGACGUGCACGUGCUGGACGUGCCCACCAUGACGUGGUCCACGCCGGAGGUCAAGGCCGCCGACCGUGCCCCGCCCGCACCCAGGGACAGCCACAGCGCCGUGGCCAUCGGCAGCAGGCUCUUCGUCUUCGGCGGGGACUGCGGUGACCGGUACCACGGCGAGGUGGACGUGCUCGACGUCGACACCAUGGCGUGGUCAAGGUUUCCGGUAAAGGGUGCGUCGCCUGGCGUCAGAGCUGGUCAUGCAGCUAUGAGUGUUGGGUCUAAGAUCUAUAUUAUUGGAGGAGUUGGUGACAAGCAAUACUACAGCGAUGUCUGGGUUCUUGAUGCCACAAACCGUUCAUGGAGUCAGCUUGAGGUAUGCGGGCAGCAACCGCAGGGAAGGUUUUCUCAUACCGCAGUAGUCAUGGAUACUGACAUUGCAAUAUAUGGAGGAUGUGGUGAAGAUGAGCGUCCCCUGAAUGAGCUUCUCAUUCUGCAAUUGGGCUCUGAGCAUCCAAAUGGCCGGUACAACAUUUCAAUGUGCAAGGUUCUUAGCAACCAUUGGAGCCAAGAGAAGAGGAAAUUUCUCAGAUCAGAAACUAAAGAUGCUAGUUUGAGCAAUGGAGAAAUGGUUCAGAAACCUCGAGAAGCAGAAAUCGAGCAAAGAAAUCCGUUCCUGCGUGGCCUAGAGAAUGGCCGUGCGAAACGAAGGAAAACCGGUGAAGUUCGCCCAAACGAGCCUGAGUCAGAGCAAGAGGAGCACUCACUGUCUCUUUCCCAACAUUCCUCGCCGUCGCAGUCAGAUCAAGAGCAGAAUGGAGCUCACAAACUUUCGGCCUCUCCCAACACAUCGAUUUCAGCCCUGCAACCAUUUGUUCGUCUCAAGGCUAAUGGCGCUCUGAGGGCUCCUGGACCCGGAGGCAUUUCCUCAAGGCCUCUGAAGACGGACCAGUUUCUCCGCACCAUCGCACCACAGCAUCGGCAGGAAGUGCAGUUCCUUUCCUCCGACCAUAAGCCUCAGCCCCGGCCUCCUGGCCCACCCCUUAUUGGCGCAGAGGUUCAUGGGACGAUCGAUGGAGCUUUCGAUUCUGGGUACCUCAUGACCGCCGUCGUGAAUGGGCAGCUCUUCAGAGGCGUUCUAUUUGCUCCUGGACCUGGAGUUACAGCUCCGAGACCGACGGUUCAUCACCAGAUCCUGACGAGCUCAGCCGUGCCUCCCCAGCAACGGCCACUGCUGGCGCACGCCAUCCCUGUCCACGCCCGGCCGGUGCCACAGGCGACGGGCUUCGUGCUGCCGGACUGUGCCCACCACGCGCGGCAAGGGUUCCCGGCAAAGGCCGUCAAGUCCGAGCCCGAGCGAGGUAGUAGCGACCUGCACGAUGUCGUGCUCACGCUGGGAGGGCCUGGAGGGGGCAAGUGA